AUGUCAGAUCUCGCCUCUUUACUUGCCCAGCUUGGCCAGAACAAUCAGGCUAAGCCAGCAGCACCAGAUGGUCAACCAGCUCCAUCACCAUUUGUAAAUUUGAAUCUUAAUUUCCAAGCUCCACCUCCACAACAACAACAGCAAGCAAAUCCAUUUGCUGCUUUACAAUUACCUGCAUUUCAACCAGCCCCACAAAAGGCUGGAAACAAUCCACCAACGCCACCACCACAAUUCCAACAACCUCCACCACAAACUUACAAUGAUAGUCAAUUUGGCACAAAUUUGCCACCAACACGCGAAGCACCUCCACCAUUUGGUCAAUUACCAACAUUCCAGCCACCACCACAACAAACUUCAUUGCCACAAUUCAAUUUCAACCCACCACAACAGCAGGCACCACCUCAAUUCAACGCACCACCACCACAAUUCAAUGCACCACCACAGCAGACAUUCCCAGCAACACCAAACUUCAACAUCAACGUAAACAUCAGUGUUCCAGAGCAACCACAACAAGAGAGCGAGUCAAAGGAAAAGCACAAACGCUUCGAGGAAGACAACACAAUCAGUGUCGAAUUCAUCCAAUUCUCAAAGCACCCUGAUUUCCAAGUCGGAAAUACAGUUCAAUAUGAUCCAAACGGCGGCAAAUCCAUCCAAGCCGUCAUCGACAAUGUCAAGAACGGCACUGUCAUCGAGAUUCCUGCCGGUGAGUACAACGAAGAACUCACAAUCAUCAAAUCAGUCGCACUCAGAGGUAUCGGCCAAGUUACGAUCAAAGGCGAAGGAAAGACAGAUACAAUCUGCACUUCCAACCAAUUCGUCGUUCUCGAGAACCUCCGCCUUGUCCAGAUUGAGACAAGAGGUGGUGGCGCUUUGACAGUCCAGUCCGGCUACAUCAAGGCCACAAACUGCGUCUUUGAGUCCGUUACAAUCUCCGCUGCCCAGAUUGUUGGAGAUUCUUAUGGCGAAUUCAACAACUGCACAUUCCUCAACUCAUACAACCCAUGCAUCAUGUUGUCUGACAAGGUACAGGGAUACUGCUCUGGCUGCGAAUUCCGCGGCUCAAGAACAUUCGGUGCCCUUGCAAAUGAUAACUCAUACCUCACAUUGGAGAACUGCCGCUCCACAAAGAACGGCGGAUCUGGUGUUUCUGCCAAUGGAAACGGCAACGUUUUCAUCCAGGGAGGCAUAUUCUACGACAACGAGUCAUCCGGUGUCGAAGUCACCUCCAAGGGCUCAAUCACCAUCCAGCAGGCCACAAUCUGCGACCACGAGAACGGCACUGGCGUUCUUGUACAGGGCGCUGAUGUCAAGGUUAUUCUUGUUGAGUCAAACAUCAAGAACAAUCAACUUGCAGGCAUCAAAGUAUCCGAUGGAGCCAAACUCAUCUCCAAGUCGAACAAGUAUUCCGAUGCACAGCAGAAUGUCAUCGCUUACGCCCACAUGAAGGGCUGGAUCACUCUCGACAACGAUGAGUUCUCCGGCGAGUGCAUUGCGGCCGUUGCAACAUCCGAUGCAGGCAGAAUCGACGCAAAGAACUUGGACAUCCACGAUCUGACAAACGCAGCUGUUCUCUGCUACGACGGCGGUGAGUGCAACAUCGACGGCGCCACAAUCAACAACUGCGAGCACACAGCUCUCCAGUUCAGAGACAACGCCGACUUCUACGUCAAGAACGUCAACAUCAACGGCAUCAGAGAUCUCGCAGCAGCUAUUCUCAACGACUCAAAGGGCAAGAUGAAGGACUGCCGCAUUGUCAACGGCCAGACAGUUGGUUUGGAGUUGACAAAUGUCAAGGAUGUCAAGAUCAAGCGCUGCACAUUCUCCAACAACCAAGUCUGCGGCGCAUCCAUCCACGACGACGUCACAUGCAAGUUCGACGAGUGCACAUUCGAACAGAACGGACAGUUUGGCGUUGACACAUCAUCAAACGACGUCAAGGCAGAGUUCAAGCACUGCAAGUUCGCUGAGUCACCAGAAGCCAUCAUCAAUAUCACUAAUGGUGCUCAGUCAGAAUUUGAGAACUGCACAAUUUCCAACGGUCCAAAGAUCGGCCUCAACAUCAUCAAUUCAUCACCAACAUUCAAGGGAUGCGAGAUCACCAGAAUCGGUGUUGCCGCCAUCUCAUGUUCCGGCGGUGCCACACCAACAUUCGACAACUGCAACAUCCACGACAACGAGAACUUCGCAGCACAGAUCCACCAGUCACAGACACACGCUAAGUUCAUUGAGACAUUCAUCCUCAACCAUCCAAAGUCUGUCGCAAUCAUCGCUCUCAACAACGCUGUCGCUGAAUUCAUCAGGACAAAGUUCGAGAACUCAUUCCAGCCACACUGCGAAAUCCGCGAGGGAGCAACAGUUUCCCUUCUCGGAUGCGAUGUCGGACCAACAGACAACGGCACAGGUAUUCAAGUUCACUCCGAGGGUAUUUUGCAGGUCGAUUCAUCACGCGUACACGAGUUGUCUAAGAUCGGUAUCUUAGUUGGAGACAAGGGAUUCGCUGAGAUCAAGAACUCCGCAAUCGAACACUGCGGAACAACAGGUAUCUUAGUUGCUUCAGGCGGAAGAAUGAACGUUUCUAAGACAAUCUUGGAUGGAAAUGGACAGCUCGCUAUGCAGUUCCUUCCAAAUGUCGACGCCACUGUUACAGAGUGCGUCAUCCAGAACCACUCUAUGUUCGGUUUCGUUAUGGCACGCGGAGCUAAUGUCGAGUACUCAGAUAACCAAUUCACAAACAACGGACAGAAAGAUAUUUACAUCAACUAA